AUGAGUUGGCUUGGUGAUUGUGCAAAGGUUAUAGCAGUGAAAAACAAUCCACUACAAUGGACAACUCCUUUUGGACUUCCCGUUGUUCAACCAUACCGCAAAUUAGGAAGACAUCUUGUGAUUUCUUUUAGUAUAUCAAAUUGUCAAAUUAAGACAUCUCUUCAAGUUUUGACACUACAACGAGAAACCGAUAAGCUCCAUUCUAAGCUCUUCGAUGCUGUUCUUCACUCUUAUCGAAUGUGUGAUUCCACUCCUCGUGUUUUCGAUGCCCUUUUCAAAAUUUAUGCUCAGAUGAAGCAGUUCAGGAAUGCAACAGAUACAUUUUGUCGUAUGAAGGAAUACAGAUUUCUUCCCACCAUUGAAUCAUGUAACAUGUAUAUGAGUUCACUGCUUAGUAUCAAUCGAGUAGACAUCACGUUACCAUUUUACAACCAAAUGUGA